AUUUUCUCUCCUUUGACUCCCCUUCCUCUGGCAACUCUCCUCUGAUCUUAAACCACAAAAUGCUUAAACCUUUCAACUUGAUUUGCUGUCAAAUUUAUCUUAAGUCCACCGUCUGAUUAAAACCUUUUUGUGCAUUAUAACUCUCUUCGCUGUUUCUGGCAUUUCUCCAUUGUCCACCCAAAUUCAGCAUCCUUAAUUUUCAGUCUUGAGUCUUCGUCGUCAAUUCAAUUUCAUAACUGGAUCUCUUCCAUUGCUCCUUUGUUCGUUGAUUGUUUUUUGGUAAGCUUGUGAAAAAAAAAAAAAAGAAUGGAGUUUGUUAUUGGCAUCGUUAGCUCCAUUGUCACUUCAGUUGCAGAGUACACGAUCGCUCCUAUAAUAAAUCAGAUCAAAUACCUUUCCAAUCAUGACAACAAUGUUCAGAGUCUCAAUGAUCAAGCUAAGAACCUGAAGUGUGCCAGAGAAAGAGUGCAGCACGCCGUUGAUACUGCUAAACGAAAUGGGGAGAAGAUUGAAAAUGAUGUCAACAACUGGCUGACUGCAGUAAACAAGAAGAUCGAUGAAGAAGUAGAGAAAGUGAUGCAAGAUGAAGAAGAAGCAAAGAAAAAGUGUUUCCUUGGCUUGUGUCCUAGUUUCUGGACUCGCUACAAGCAUAGCAUGAAAGCUGAAGAGGAGGCGGAGGCUGUUGCUGAGCUACUCGAACGGGGCAAAUUUGAACGGGUUUCGUAUCGUGCAGCUCCACAACCACCCACAUCAGUUGCAGGUUUCGAAGCAUUCGAGUCAAGAACACAGGUUUUGAAUGGAAUCAUGGAGGCACUGAAAGAUGCUACCAUCAAAGUUAUAGGGGUGCACGGGAUGAGUGGCGUAGGGAAGACCAUGCUAGUCAAAGAAGUUGCUGGACAAGUACAAGGCUCGUUAUUUGAUUCCGUAGUUAUAGCAACCGUAACUCAGACUGUUGAUGUUGAUAAAAUUCAAAACCAAAUUGCAGACUUCUUGGGUUUAAAAUUUGAGGAAAAGAGUAUUGCUGGAAGGGCACUUCUUCUGCGAGAAAGAUUGAACCAAAGGAAGAUUCUUGUUGUUUUGGAUGAUAUUUGGGCAAGACUAGAUCUUGAAGAAGUUGGGAUUCCUUUUGGAAAAGAACCUGGGGGAUGCAAGAUACUGCUAACUUCUAGAGAUCGCAAUGUUUUAUCAGGGAUGGAUACUCAAAAAUAUUUUGAAGUUCGCAAUUUAAAUGAAGAAGAAGCCUGGGUCCUGUUUAAGAAGAUGGCUGGUGACUAUGUUGACAAUUGUGAUUUGCAGCCUGUAGCUAAAGAGGUAGCAAAGAAAUGUGCAGGAUUGCCAAUCGCCAUUGCGGCAGUUACAAGGGCUUUGAGAGACAAAAGGUUAUUUGAAUGGAGGGAUGCUUUGCGUGAUCUAAAGAGGCCUGCACCAGAAAACUGCGCAGGGGUAACACCGGAUGUAUUUUCAGCUAUAGAGCUGAGCUACAAUAAUUUAACAAGUAAGGAAGUUAAGUUGACUUUCUUGCUAUGUAGUUUGAUGGGUCAUAAUGCUCUCAUUCAGGACUUGUUGAAAUACGUUUUUGGUUUGGGAUGUUUUGAACGCGUCUACACAAUAGACGAAGCAAGAGAUAAAGUAUUGAGAGUUGUGAGUAAUCUCAAAGCGUCUUGCUUGUUGCUUGAUAGUUAUAACAACGAACGGUUUGAUAUCCAUGAUGUUGUUUUGGGUGUUGCUUUAUCGAUUGCAUCAAGGGACCACCGUAUGUUUGUGUUAAAUCAUGAUGAGGAGCUAAAAGAGUGGCCCGAUGAGGAGAGAACGAACAAUUGUUAUGCGAUUAAUUUAUGUUUUCCUCGCAUUACAACGGAGCUUCCUGAUGAGAUGGAGUGUUCAGGUCUUUCCUUUUUUUACAUGGCCCAUGAUGGUUCGGUGAAAAUUCCAGCCAAUUUCUUUGGACGAACAGAAAGACUCAAAGUCUUAGAUUUCACUGGAAUGCAUUUUCCAUUGCUACCUUUGUCAAUUAAUCUCCUCACAAGCCUUCACACGUUGUGUCUACAUCAAUGUGCACUUGAAGACAUAAGCAUUAUUGGAAAGAUCAAGAGUCUAGAAAUCCUUAGCCUGCGUCACUCGGAUAUUGAAGUGCUACCCAGGGAGAUAGCAGAAUUGACUCGGUUAAAGUUGUUAGACUUGAGUCUUUGUACUGAACUCAUAAUCAUCCCACCAAAUGUCUUAUGCAAUUUGUCCAACUUAGAAGAAUUAUAUAUGGAAGGCAGCUUUGUUCAGUGGGAGGAAGAAGUACCUGGCAGUGAAAGAAGAAAUGCUAGCCUUGAGGAAUUGAAGCAUUUGAAUCAACUAACUACUUUUCAUGCUCAUAUUCCUAAUGCUCAAAUAAUUCCAGAACGCCUGUUCACUAAGACAUUGGACAGGUACAGGAUUUCCAUAGGUAAUCCUUUAUGGGGGAUUUCCGUAGAUAAUUCUUUAUGGUGGAGGGACGAUGACUAUGAAUGCUCAAGAACACUGAAACUAAAUUUUCGUAGAAGCAUUUACAAGGACCAUGGGGUGAAAAAAUUGUUGAAGAAGACUGAUGGUUUAUAUCUUGAGAGACUUGAAGGAAUCAAGAAUGUACUUGAUGAGUUAAACAACGGGGAAGAUUUGCCAGAUUUGAAGAAACUUCACAUCAAAGAUGGUUUGGGAGUCCAAUAUAUCGCAACGGAGAAAAUGGGGUUUGGUCAAUUACAGUCCCUGAGACUCCUCGUUCUGCCACAACUCGUUAGCUUUAGCUCCGAAGGGAGGAGGCGUUCCACAUCCCAGCAGGAGCAGGGGGAUACAAGCACCAAGGCACUUUUCAAUAACCAGAUAGCAUUUCCUGAAUUGAAAAACCUGCAAUUGUCCUCAAUUAACACCCAAAGGAUAUGGCACAACCAGCCUUCAGAUACAUGUUUUUCCUUUCCGAAUUUGAAGAGCUUGAUCAUUCAGGGUUGUGGGAACUUGGAACAUCUGUUAUUACCCUCUGUUGCAAGAAGUCUGGAGCAGCUCCAACACUUUGAGAUAGUGGAAUGCAAGUGUUUAAGGGAGAUAAUAGUUACAGAGGAAAUAGAAGAAGAAAAGAAAGAUGUGAUUCGUUUCCCUCAAUUGAACUCCUUGAAAAUAAGCGAUCUUGAGAAUCUCAUCAAAUUUUGCUCAGGGAAUUAUGAUAUUGAGUUCCCAUCCUUGAAAGUGCUGAAUAUUGAGAAAUGCCCGAAAUUAAAUGAGUUCGUUAAUGAAACCCAAAUGGAGGGGAAUUAUCAAUACGAUGUACCAGCUCUCUUCAAUAAGAAGGUUGCAGUUCCUAGCUUGCAAAGGAUGAACAUCUCCAACAUGAGAAAUGUAAAGAUGAUAUUUCACAAAGAGCUUCUAGCAGGUUCCUUCUGCAAAUUAGAAGAAAUGAAUGUUCAGUUUUGUGAUCAAUUGUUGACUAUUUUUUCCUCUGCCACCAUGCGAGUAUUUCACUGUCUAGAAAAGCUCUUUGUGCUCUGCUGUGAUUCACUAGAACAGAUAUUUGAGCUUGGAGGGUUAAAUAUCGAAGACACACUUGGUGUAGAAUAUUCUCAACUGAGAGAAUUGGACAUUUCCUGGCUACCGGCAUUGAAGCAUGUUUGGAAUAACUAUUCCCUUGGAAUUCUUAACUUCCAAAAUCUACGAAGAGUAAGAGCUGAGGGUUGUACGAGUCUGAAAAGUCUAUUUCCAGUGUCAAUAGCCAAGGACCUUCCUCAACUUGAAUGUCUAACAAUAUUGAAAUGUGGAGUCGAGGAGAUUGUAUCGGCAGGGGAAAGAUUGGAACAGCCCAUUAGGUUUGAUUUUCCUCAAGUGUCUUUCCUUCAGGUUAUCACCCUAAAUAAGCUCAAAUGUUUCUAUCAAGGGCAACAUACAAUAGUCUGGCUGAAUUUGAAAACAAUAUCGACGACAGAUUGUUCUACUUUACUAAAGAUUGUAGCUUUAGAACGUCUAAUUAGCACCCAAGAAAUGAAUGGGAAUGGCCAAAGAGAUUCUACAAUUCCACAGCAACAUUUCUCGGUUGAAGAGGUGACUCCCAAAUUAGAGGAACUGCGGUUACAAAAACUUGAUGAAAUUGCAAUGAUGUGUGAUGGCCAGUUUCUAGUAGACUUGUUUCACCGGAUAAAAGUGUUUGUGGUGGACCCAUCUGCUAGGUUAUCAAUAGUUUCUAUGGUGCCCCCAUCUGCUAGGUUUCCAAUUAAUUUCCUCCAAAGAUUGUGCAAGGUGGAAAAUCUUCAUCUUAACUGUUUGGACUUCAAAAUUCUAAUAUGUUAUGGAGAAGAUGUUGGUGAGAAGCCGGAUGCUGUACUCUCACGAGUUAAAAAGUUAAAUUUGACUUUGUGUAAAAAUGUUACACAAAUAUGGAAGAAAUAUUCAGAGCUAGGCCACAUUAUUUUUCCUAAUCUUGAAACUCUUGAAGUUAGGUGGUGUUCUGAUUUGAUAACUUUUGGAUCCUCCUCGUCAUCAUUUCAAAAUCUCACUACUUUGCAAGUGGACGAGUGCAAGAUGAUAAACUUACUUACACCCUCAGUUGCCCAGAAUCUGUUGCAUCUAAAAGAAAUGAGGAUGGCACGUUGCCAAAUAAUGAAAGAAAUAGUUGCAAACUCAGAAGGAGAUGAUGAAGCCACAUAUGAGAUCACUUUCAGAAAGUUGGAAUAUUUAAAACUCCAGGAUUUACUGAACCUUGAAAGCUUUUGUACAGGGAAUCACACUCUCAAGUUUCCAUCCUUGGGAGAAUUAAUUGUGAUAGAGUGUCCUAGUUUGAAGAUAUUUUGCCAGGGAGUCUUAAGCACACCACAAUUACAGACAGUAAAAGAAUCAUUUUAUCUUGACAGAGAGCGUUGGGCUGGUGACCUCAAUACCACCAUACAACUGUUGCACACCCAAAAGCUAAUCAGGGCACCUGUUGCGAAAGAUUAUCUUAUUGGUGUGUUGGAACCUCUUCAAAAGAGUCAUGCAAAGGGUGUAAAGUCGAAGGUUGAAUGUCGUGGCCUAUAUCAUUUGAAAUUGUCAGAUGAGUUUCGAUGGUUGAUGAAAAUGUGGAAUAAGAACCCUGGAGAAUUUUUGGACUUAAAAAAACUUCUACGUAUUGAAGUUUGUAAUUGUAGCAGCUUGAAAUACAUUUUUACCCCCUCUAUGGCUUCCAGCCUCAAGCGACUACGCAGUUUAGUAGUACAACAAUGCAGUACCAUGGAACAAGUCAUAGGGGAAAAGGGAGUUGAAGAGGAAGAAACGGGAGAUAAGUUCACAUUUCCCCAUCUCCGCUCCAUUCAAAUUGAGUCAUGUUCCAACUUCACAUGUUUUUAUUUGGGAAGUAGAGCUCUUGAAUUUCCAUUGUUGGAAAAAGUUAGGAUAGUUGAGUGUCCAAAAAUGACUACAUUUGCUUCUUCAUUUUCAAGAAACAAGGAGAAAGAAUCGAUUGGCGAAGGAAGCGAAGGGGACCUCAAUAAUGCUCCGACCUUUUUCAACGAUAAGGUUGUGUGUCCCAAAUUGAACUUUUUGGAACUGUCCUCAAUUAACAUUAAAAAGAUAUGGGAUCUCCAACAGCCAGCAUCCGCCCUUUAUGUUCGGAAUUUAGAACAGUUAAUUAUAAAGGGCUGUCACAAUUUGAAAUAUCUGUUUCCAUCUUUCAUGGUAAAACAUUUUCUGCAACUCGAAAGUCUUGUCAUUUGGGACUAUAAGAACAUGGAAGAAGUAAUAUUGUUCAUGGAAGGAUUGACAGAAGAAGAAAGGAUGAGCCCGAUAUUGUUCCCUAAACUAGAAUUCCUGUCGCUCAAAGACCUUCCCAAACUCACAAGAUUCUGCUAUGAAACUCACAAUGAAUUCCCCUUGUUGACAACUCUGGACCUAAUAAACUGUCCUUUAUUGAAGACAUUCAUCUCUAAAUCUGUAAUGAAGAUGUUGAAGAUGCUGGAGAUGAGUCUCAAAUUGAUCAAAAAGCAGAAGGAAAUAACUUGGAGGUUGAUAACUGGGUUCUCUUCAAUGAAAAGGUGUUCUUCCCUAGUUUGGAGAAGUUGGCAAUUGAAGGUAUGAGGGACUGCAGAAAGAUAUGGCAAGACCAACUCACUGUAAAUUCGUUUUGCAAACUAAACAAUUUAUGGGUUGAAGGAUGUGAAACACUCCUAAAU